CUCCUUCCCGCCCAUCUCUCUCUCUCUCUCUCUCGCCUCCCGAACUAGCGAUCUUUGAGGGUUCCAGGCGCCGCGUGAGCUGAAAGAAGGACCGCGUUCUCUGCCUCCACCAUGAAUAUCCGGAACGCACGGCCUGAAGAUCUAAUGAACAUGCAACACUGCAACCUACUUUGUUUGCCUGAGAACUAUCAGAUGAAAUACUACUUCUACCACGGACUCUCCUGGCCCCAGCUCUCCUACAUUGCUGAGGACGAGAACGGCAAAAUUGUGGGAUAUGUGCUGGCAAAAAUGGAAGAAGACCCGGAUGAUGUUCCCCAUGGACACAUCACAUCCUUGGCAGUCAAGCGUUCCCAUCGACGUCUGGGCCUGGCUCAAAAGCUGAUGGACCAGGCCUCGCGUGCCAUGAUCGAGAACUUCAAUGCCAAGUACGUCUCCCUCCAUGUGCGCAAGAGUAACCGAGCAGCAUUGCACCUUUAUUCCAACACUCUCAAUUUCCAGAUCAGCGAAGUGGAACCUAAAUACUAUGCUGAUGGGGAAGAUGCAUAUGCGAUGAAGCGUGACUUGACGCAGAUGGCAGAAGAACUGCGCAGGCAGGCAGACUUGAAAGAGAAGAGCAAGCACUCUGUUCUGGGCUCCAUCGAGAACAAGGGUGGCGACCACAAGGCCAACCACGUGGGCGAGUGCUGCCGGGACGACAAAUGCCCAGGAACGGCAGUGGGCGGCGGGCCAGGGACUGAAGACAGUGGCGACAGCAAGGAUGUCAGUGAGGUCAGCGAGGCCACGGAGAGCACGGACGUCAAGGACAGCUCAGAGGCCUCCGAUUCGGCCUCCUAGCUGGGGCUCCCGCUGUGCUCUUCCCUUCGGCGGAAGGACUGCCUGGUUGUCCCGUCUCCUUUGGCUGGGUUAGGGGGUCGGCCCCUAGAGGUGGAUUGGAAAUAAAGCUUAAGGAACCGGA